AUGAGUGAUGAUCAUGAGAAUCCUAAUUCUAUUCUUGUCGUUGGAAAAGCUGGGAUUGGGAAAUCUCUGUUUUGCCAAAAGUUGAUUCGCGAUUGGGCUAACGCUUUUCACGCGAAAGGAAACACUGAAAUCCUCGAUUUAAAGUUUGCAUACUUGCUUACUUUCCGUCAAUUGAACAUGUUUGGAAACCACCCUGUGACUUUAAGAGAAAUCUUAAACUGUACUUCGGUCCAGGAUGACAAUUCUAACAUGGAUGACUUUAUAUUUGAGUACAUUGUAAAGCAUCCCAGGCAAGCUAUGAUUAUCAUCGAUGGUUAUGAUGAGUAUUCGCAGCAGGACUACAUCGCUGGAAACUUAGAAGAAGAGCAUCUCAAUGACGCUAGAUGUGAAAUGCCGGUGGCCGCAUUAUGUUCAAAGCUCAUCAAAGGAAAAAUAUUGAGAGGAGCUAUCGUUAUGGUUACCUCGCGACCUGAUGAAUCGGACAAGAUGGGAGGAAUUCGUUUUAAACGGUACGUGGAAAUUGCAGGAUUUUCGUCAGAACAAGUUGAAAAGUUCAUUGAGAAGUACUUCAAGAAAAACGAAAAUAUGAAGAACGCUGUACUUAAACAUGUCAUGAACAAUGAGCACCUCGUCAGGUUUGCUCAUAUUCCUAUCCUCUGCUUUGUGUUGUGCUUCGAGAUGGAGUAUAUCCUCGAUUCAGGAAACCUUCAAGACCUUCCUGUGUCAGCAACCGACAUUUACACCAAACUUAUGGACAUCUUUGAACUUAAGUUCACCUUAGAGUCAGAAUACAGACAGGAAGAAAUUCCUGAGCAAUUCAAGCCCCCUUCUUUCAUCCCAGAGACAUUCGAGAAAUUAUCAAGACUAGCGGCAAAACUGCUGCUUGAGAGAAAGCCAACCUUUGAUGAAAGCGAGAUGAAGGGCGAUUUUGAAGCGGAAGAAGUCGACAAACUGAAACGUAGCGGUCUUCUUUACUGUGGUCAGUCUUUCAGGACUGCAUCGAUUACAACCGCGAGGCACUUAAGCUUUUUUCACCAGACCUUCCAAGAGUUCUUAGCCGCUCGUUGGUUUGUAAAGGAGAAUCGUGUUCCACACGAGAAAUGCUCUGAAAUGGUUUUCCAAUUCAUGGCGGGCUUAAUGCAAACGGAGGGAAACGUGGAACUGAUGGUAAAAUUAUUAGAUUCACCCUUCAUAGAAUCCGCUCUUAAAAUAACAUGUCUGAAUGAGUAUCAAAGCAAAGAAUUCGCCAAGAAGUUCAUCAGGAAUAAUCCCCAAGCGUUUUGUAUUUCUGACGGCGUCCUGGCGUUAGAGAAUUUAUCAGACGUAAACUGCAUUGAAGCAUCAUUUGUGUUGGACACUGUCACUGAACUAAAUAGAGAGGAAGCUGGAGAGGCACAACACAAAUGUGCUGAUAAGUUCGUCACAGUUAAGAAGUUAGAACUUAAACGUUCACAGCUAACACUGUAUGGAUUACAACGACUUUGUAAUUCACUGAACAAUGGACACUGUCUUGUGUCUGAACUGAACUUAUUAUCGAGUGACUUGACUGAUGAAUGCGUUAAUGUUAUUAAUCGAUUAGUAGUGAGGAAGUUAAUCACACUAAGCCUGCAGCAAAUUGAGAUCACUAAUACCGGUGUUGCCAGUUUAUGUGAAGCUUUACAGCAUCCAAGCUGUAAGCUAACUACACUAAAUCUGGAGGGUAUUGAGUUCACUGACACCAGUGUUGCAAUGUUAUCUGAAGCUUUACAGCAUCCAAGCUGUAAGCUAGCCACGCUAACUCUGGAGGCUAAUGAGAUCAGUGAUACUGGGGUUGCCAGUCUGGGUGAAGCUUUGCAGCAUCCAUGCUGUAAGCUAACCACUCUAAAUCUGAUGGGUAAUGAGAUCACUGCUACCAGGGUUGCAAUGCUAUCUGAAGCCUUACAGCAUCAAAGCUGUAAGUUAACCACACUAAAUCUGGGGGUUAAUGAGAUCAGUGAUACUGGGGUUGCCAGUCUGUGUGAAGCUUUACAGCAUCAAAGCUGUAAGCUAACCACACUAAAUCUGAAGGGUAAUGAGAUCACUGAUACUGGGGUUGCCAGUCUAUGUGAAACUUUACAGCGUCCAAGCUGUAAGCUAACCACUCUAAAUCUAAGGGCUAAUGAGAUCAGUGAUACCGGGGCUGCCAGUCUAUGUGAAGCUUUACAGCAUCCAAGCUGUAAGCUAACCGCGCUAAAUCUGGAGGGUAAUGAGAUCAGUGAUACCGGGGCUGCCAGUCUAUGUGAAGCUUUACAGCAUCCAAGCUGUAAGCUAACCACACUAAAUCUUGGGGGUAAUGAGAUUACUGAUACCGGGGUUGCCAGUCAUUGUGAAGCUUUAAAGCAUCCAAGCUGUAAGCUAACCACACUAAAUCUGAGGGGUAAUGAGAUCACUGAUACUGGGGUUGUCAGUCUAUGUAAAGCUUUACAGCAUCCAAGCUGUAAGCUUACCACACUAAAUCUGGGGGGUAAUGAGAUUACUGAUACCGGGGUCGCUAGUCUAUGUGAAGCUUUACAGCAUCCAAGCUGUAAGCUAACCACACUAAAUCUGAGGGGUAAUGAGAUCACUGAUAGCGCUCUUACCAGUCUAUGUGAAGCUUUACAGCAUCUAAGCGGUAGGCUAACCACACUAAAUCUGAGGAGUAAUGAGAUCACUGAUACCGGGGUUACCAGUGACUCAAGUCGAGAACCUGUUCGAGCUAUAGUGCACAAAUAACAGACCAGGUUUUGAACUUCAAGUGUAGAAAUAUAAAUAUAAGAUGCACUUUCCCUAAAGGUGGGCAGAAGUAUUAAAAUAAUUAACAUAAGCGUAUUUGUUAUUUUGUCAAUCUGUUUCAUUGUUUUCAAUUUUAACCUUGAUUUUGGUGUAGACCAAAACAGUUGCCAAAUGCUUGGAAACAAAGUAUUUCCAAUCAAUCUUGAUCGUUGUAUCAAUUUAUGGUUAGAGUUUGUCUUGAACGCGGCUUAAGGCAUGUAAGCAAUACUUUCUCUCGCCUUUUCAGGUUAAUGUUACAGUUAUUGAAAUGUUUUUUCAAGUUUUAGAUUUCGGUUUUGAGUCAAUGAGGGUUACCAAGUACUUGAAAUAUUUUAGUUCAAUGGGAGUGAA